AUGUUCUUUGCUUAUGAAGCUGCAAGCUGUGUCUUGAAGGGAGCUGGAGAACUGAAAGAGUUCGCAGUUUUAAUACUCUGUGAAUACAUCCACUACGUGUUGUCCUGGGACUGUAGACUGACGGUGAGUCGUGGUUGGUCUGGUACUUCCUUGGACGAGUUCAGUGUCACCUCCGAAAGGCUCGAAGUAUGCAAAAUGGAUGGUACCGGCAAUCCAAUGCAUUACGUGCAAGCUGAGCCUGGCAAAAUCCCGUUUCUCUUCUUUAUGGUGUACUUUCAAAAGGAAAAAGAUAUGUACAUAUGGCGAAUAGUCAGGAUAAAUAUCAAUGCGAUAGCACACAAGAAGCGUUUGCGCCGAACAAUCCUGGACAGUUUGCUUACUGAAUACUCAACUCUGUAUUCGGCUUACAAGCUUCGCAGUUGCACCUAUCACAGUCAGACCAGUCUUUAUUGUUUCUGGCAACAGGAGCAUGAACAGUGGGGGCAGAAGUACAACUUGACUGCUGGCAGUACAUCAGACCUCGAAUAUCGGGCUGCUGAGAAGCCGUUCUAUUUUGCGGGGAAUGGUAACUUUGGCAGAAUGGUAGGCAGCUUGCCGGGAGAGCCUCCGCGUAUGCUGCUAUUCGACCCUCGGACACCCGAGUGGCUCUAUGAAGUUGCAGUGAACGAGAAUACCACAGCCACUCGCAGACGAGUCCAAGAAAUGCGUUACACUGCAAAAGUUCCGGAAGAGUUGUUGAAGCCGCUGUUGAAGCCAAAACGAAAAGGGAUCCGUCCAGCACCACCGGCUUCACCACCGAUCUCACCACCGGCCUCACCACCGGCCUCAGAAUCGCGACAGAUGCCUGCUAAACAAGAGUUUCUAUGGGAGUAUGCAGUUAUCAUCCUUUACGGCAUCACGAUCGCUUUUGCGCUUGCUAUAAAGCUACUUUUCGAAGCUUGUAUCCUGGUGAUGGAUGAUGAGGAGAUCCAGAGAUUUGAGGCAACCGUAUCCAAAUUCCUUUCAUUUAUCAUCCUUUACGGCAUCACGAUCGCUUUUGCGCUUGCUAUAAAGCUGCUUUUCGAAGCUUGUAUCCUGGUGAUGGAUGAUGAGGAGAUCCAGAGAUUUGAGGCAACUGUAUCCAAAUUCCUUUCAUGUAUGUUCCCUCACUGA